UCUAAAUUAACUUCGUGCUUUCCAUACAUUCCGCAUUAAUAUUCAUUAAAUUUUAUGCAAUGUUUAAAUUUAAUUCAUUCAUAUUAAACGGUUUAAUAAAUUCUGCAAUGUUUAAUGUUUGAUCAAACGGUCAAAGUCUUUUUUUGUCUGACGUAUCCAGCGACGAUGCGUCACAUUUGUGUUGUUAUUGAGGCGAACGAGUCCGAGAACGAGACGUACGAUUCGCAUGUUUUUAUUUGCGUCGCUAAUUUAUUUAAUACGAGCCGAGCGAAGCUUCAUCGAACACGUCCAUGUUAGUUCUCUAAUAUAAUUUAUCAAUUGUAAUAUAGAAUAUAUGUGCGAUGGCUCUUUUACUUAAAAAUUGUGUUAAAACUAGUCUGUGCUACUCGAACAGUGUGCGAUCCUUAUCAUCUUUACAUAACGGACCUAUGCUUCCAAAUGAUAAGCAGUCCUCUUCCUUGCACAUGACUGCAAAAGUCCAGUACCCACAAGCUCAGCCAAUUCCUCUACCAAAUAACAUCAACAAUGACACUUCACAUUUCUCUCCACAACGAGCAAGAGAUUUAACCGGUCCAGUAAUUAGCACCCACCAAUCCUUAAGUUCCAAUGUGAACUACAAAAUAGAUAUAACCGCUGAAGUAGACUCCUAUUCUCAAUGUUAUGAUUGCAAUGGAGCUGUCAGCCUCAAUUCUUCCAUGCAAUCGAAUGUUCCAAGUCCUUUCAGUGGCAGUGCAGACCAUUACAUGCACCUGAACAUGCCUGGUGGCCAGUGGGAACAGUGGAGCAAAUAUGUAUCGAACGAUUUACAAUGCAGUCAUUAUACAAACCUAAGGCAGCAGAUUCGAAGCAAUGAUGAUAAAACAAAAGGUACUGCAUUCUUUUCACAGAAAGAAGUUUUGUGGAACCCCAUGGGUUCACAUAAUCGUUAUAUGCAUACUAAGAGUAGGAUUGUUAAGACAUCAGAUACUAACAUUUUACAAAAACAAAUAUCCAAUGAUGCCGAGAAGGAAAUACAGCCGGUGUCUAAAAGAGAAUAUUUGAAAAGAGCUAUUAAACAAUAUGGGUCGACAGUAAUCAUAUUCCAUAUUUCACAUUCAUUGCUAUCUCUUGGACUUUUUUAUCUGUUAAUAUCUAGUGGCUUAGAUGUUGCAUACAUAUUAAGCAAGAUGGGAUUAGAACAACACAUUGAAAAGCUUGCUGGAGCAGGAACAUUUGUAGCAGCAUAUGCAGUAAAUAAAUUAUUGGCGCCUGUUCGAAUAAGUUUAACACUAGCCUGUACACCAUUUAUUGUAAAGUACUUGAGGAGUAUUGGUUUUAUAAAACCUCAAAGUGAUAACAGUCAAGGUGGAUCGCAAUCAAAAUAAAUAUAAAGUUUAUCUAUAAUUUUAUACUAAACUU